AUGAGUUUUCAGUUACAUGAGUUGAAGUAUAGAUUUCGAAGACUCAAAAUUGAGCUUCAUCAUAGAGUGUGGAACAACAACGACAACAACAGGCUAAUUUCAGGUAGAAUCUUAAACCAGCCCUUUACUUCUUUGCGAACAGAUCAGUACCUUGACGUAAAUGAGCUGAAACGGGUACAAAUCCAACCUAUCGACGAGCGACUUGACGAGGUCGAAAACGAGAAUGAAGAGGAGGAUACUGUAGAUCGGGAUGAACAUGUCGACGAACUCAGUUUAAUGAUCGUUGAUGGUCUUGAUGAAGUGGAUAUGCUUGAUCGUUUGCUUCUUGAGGAGGACCAAGCACCAACUCAAGACUCCCGACAAGUCAAACCAUACCUACACCGUGAAGUCCAGAAACCAGAUAGAAUCUUAUCCUUAUUAGACAUGGAUAAUCUUCAAAAUAUAAGGUCUUCUAUAUCACGUGCUCUUACAGAUCAUGAUCCUAUUGUCAACAGAAUAAAGUCCUUCUCUGAUUACUUGUUCCGAAGAAGCCAACAGCCCAAAGGGUCAUGGAAACUUGUUCUGAACGAGGCGUCUCUGAAUGCAGCGUUGUGUUCAACUGGGAAUACUCCUUCUCCAAUUGAAAAGACUCAUAUUCUUCCGGAUCUUACCAAUCUUUGUUACACCCCGAAGUUCCGCGUGUGCCCAGCUCUAACCGCCAAAUCUCCUAUUCCCCAACUAUUUGAAGGCGAUGGAUAUAGUGCUGGGAUUUUUGAGGAGUACAUUGAUCACAUUUCCAUGUCCACGACUUCUCCCAACAAUAACAACAAUCGAACUUUUUUAGAGUUCCCUGAUCAUCAACCUUCUAGUCUGUCAUCUACAUCUUCUCUGAUUAUUCCACACGAUCCAAAACCUGCAAUGACAUCCAACACAUUCUACGAUAGCUUUAUUUUACAGAACAUAGAGUAUAAUACGGUAAAGAGUUUGCGAACACUUUUCAAAGGUUCAACACUUCGCUUGAAAGAGAAUGGAAUGUUUCAGGGCACUAAAAGCGGCAAAUGUUAG